UGCCGCGUCAUGCAACCAGAUGUCUGACCGCUUCCUCUUUCUCAACAGCUCUGUCUGAAGCUUCACCGAACUGGGUCAAACUAACACAAAAGCUCCACGGGGACUUAAAGCUCGGUUUAUUUCAAACACAAAACGGACACAUGGAAGAAAAAACUGUGAAAGUUUGGUCAGCGCCGCGUCGGUAUGAAGAUUAUCAGGCAACUUUUGCCACAUCAGACAGUGUGGACCUGUUGAGCUAAAGCUCCUGUAUUUUGGAUUCAGUGGUGUGCGUUGGUGCUCCUCCCGGUCAGGUGACUAAGGUGUGUCGGAUCGUAAGAGAUGCUUUGUUCUCGUUUACCUGUCGGUGAAUUGAUACGCGUCUCCCGCGCGGCUUUAGUACUAAACCAGGACGCCGGGGGGAAAUGCUCAAAUAACUUAGGACCAAUUGUUCACAUCUUUGAGUAACAAUAUCGCCUUUAUUUAUGCAUGUAAGUUAACCGAGCUUUUUCAUGCCUACGUUAUCGGUGAAUCCAAACAAAACAGAUCAAUCGUCUCACUUUUACCAUGGAAACGCUUUACCACAACCGCACGAGGAGUUCUUCUAGCACCCUUUAACUGUGGAAAUAAACUUUAUUUCUUACUUUAUUUGGGUAAAAUGAAUGUCUAAACUAACAACACGACACAGGACUAAGCAUUUUCGAUUAAACUGGAUUAUAAGUUAACGUUACACAAUGGCUCUUUCUCAAGUCCAGUGUCUCGAUGACAAUCACGUGAAUUGGCGUCUAAACGAAUCCAAACCGGAGUUUUUCUACAGCGAGGAUCAGCGGCUCGCGCUCGAGGCGCUCAUCACCAAAGGACGCGACGCGUUUGACAGCUAUGUGAAAGAGCACGAGUUGCGUCCGUUCCUCUCGGAACCUGAACUCGAGCAGCUCCGGCGGAGCAUUGAGGAUUACGAACCCGGUUCCGAGCAUCAAAAAACGGAUGGCUUGACGGAGGGAGAUGACGGGGCUGUGUCUUUGCAGUACUGGCCGGACCGCUCGGACAUCGCCAUACCGAAUUUGGACCUCGGCUGGCCCGACUGCAAUUCGUAUCGUGGAGUCACGCGCGUCAACGUGUACACGCAGCCGCCGACGGACGGACAGACUCAUAUCAAAGAGGUGGUGAGAAAGGCCAUCGCGCAAGCACAGAAGAUGAUAGCUGUAGUAAUGGAUGUCUUCACAGACGUCGACAUUUUUAAAGACCUAAUGGAGGCUGGAUUCAAAAAGAAAGUGGCUAUAUACAUAAUUAUAGAUUACGCGGCUGUACAGGACUUCCUACUUAUGUGCGAGAGAGCAAAUAUGCACAGAGGACAUCUCAACCAUCUGCGGGUACGAUGCAUCGGAGGUGCGGAAUUUUACACCCGCUCGGCUCAAAAGGUGCAAGGGUCGUUGGGUUCGAGAUUCAUGUUUGUGGAUGGAGACCGUGCUGUGUCUGGAUCAUACAGUUUUACAUGGACAGCUUCUCGUAUGGACCGUAACGUCAUUACAGUCUUGACAGGGCAAGCUGUCGAAACCUUUGACAAGUUAUUCCGUGAACUGUACUUGAACUCCCGUGGAGUCAACCUAUCCAAGGUUCCACUGAUAGACCUUCCGGAGCCCGAGCCCACCAUUGUUACAGCCCCUCCCCCUGUAUCUGCGACUGUUGCAAGAAAGCUAAUUAAUCCUAAAUAUGCACUUGUAAAUGUUGACACGGCUAGCAAAACGUCUUCAGACAAGGCUAGUGCCAAAAACGGUAGCUCUCAGAAUCCUAUGGUCCCGGUUCCUAAGACUCAACGCGAGUUAGCUGAAGAACCACAAAAGCACCCUGGACUUGUAGGUUUGGCAAAGGCAGAUCUCAUUUCCUACUUGCCUAUCUGGCCUGAGCCGGACCCACCCAGUGAUGUAAUAGGGUUUAUUAAUAUCCGAGACACAAGCAAGCCUGCACCGGUGCAUUUAAUGCGCUCGCAGAUGUUUGGAACAUCGCAAGCGAUCCGCUUCAAAGACCCUUUCGUUGCCCCACCUGAGACUCCACUACCAGAAAAGGCCCAACUUAGGACAGAACAGCUGAAAAAAGAUACUGUAGAUGCAAACGUUCCAUCAAGCAACCAGCCCCCAAAAGUUGACCAGCCAAAUAACCAGCUCGCGAUUAAUGCUCAACCGGAGACAAACUCCGUCAGCAACCAUCAAGAUGCAUCAGCGUCUCCAUCCCAUUCUCCAAGCACCCAAACUGAGCACAAUGACCCCAACCCUCCUCCUCCACAUGAGCAGCAGCCCAACCUUAAACCGAUGCAUUCCUCUUCAGAAAACCUGCAGGCUACACAACACCCUGUGCCCAAGCCACGCACCUUACGUGUGGUUGUGAACUCGCCGGCGGGAUCUGAAGGUACAGAUAUCAGUCUAGUCAAAAGCGAGGGGAACCAGAAGGUUACGGGCACGGACGCUCGUGAAAACGAUGCUGAUAGCACCGCUGCGACUUGUGAAAAUUCAUUAAAGGAUAAAGAUGAGACUUCCAUAACAUCGGAUGAGUAUUUUGAGUGUCCUGACACCGACAGUGCAAGUCCUAUUGACAAGCUCCCUAACGGAACGUUGACGGGCUCCAGUCGCAUUGGAGACCACCCCCAUGACACAGUUAACAUGAUGGCCCGGUUCUCUCAAUCCAUGCUGGACUUGCGAUCAGAUGUUGUCGAACCAGGCCUACAAGGCGCAGUUGAGAAGAAUCUACUGAACGCACAGAACGGAGACAAAGCAAAGCUUAAUCGAACUGUCUCCCGGUCACCUGUUCGAGACCCCUAUGGCCGAGCCAAAAUGGCGAAUGCUAAUCAAGGAACGUUUCAUACACCACCCCAAAACAGUGGGCAUGUGAUGGGGGGUCAUAGGUACUGGUCUGGGAAUGUGUAUGACCAUGAACUCCCCUCAAGUGGAUUAAUGCAGCAAAAUCCGAACCGUACUGGUCGGUCCCCUCAAAGACCCAGCACUGCCUAUAGAAUAGAAGGACUGCAAAGCAACCAUUCGCCUGCUCAUCGGCUCACACACUCCUCUAGAUCCCCACCCGUUCAUCGGGCAUCUCAAAUGAACUCUUCUUUGCCUCGGGGACAUGUUGACACGCCAUUAGGAAUCUCAUUUUCUAAACUUGCCAGCUUCAAAAACCUUCAAAGGAAGGUUUCAGUCAACCCGAGUGGUUUUCCCUUGGGGGAUCCAUUGUCACGGGGACGCAAUGACAAUUAACUGACAUAGCAACUUUGUAUUGAGUACAAAGGAAUGAACGUGCAAUAAUGUAGCCACAUAUCUGCAUUAAUAUAGACUGGAUUCAAACUGGAUUUUUAAACUAACACAGUGUUAAAGGAUAAAAACACUGAAUUUAAUAGCUGGACGAUGGUGAAUUUUGGUAAGGCAGUGAGUAAUGCACAAUUAUCUAUUACAAACAGCCUGAUUUUGUUGAUGUGCCUGUUGAGUCUGGACUGCUUUUUUAGGUGUGGACUGGAAUUUGGUGGUGGAUUUGUGACCAUGGUGAUGGCAAUUUCACAUUUGACCUCUAUUAUUUGCUAACAGUAUCUUGGAUUGAGAGAAAAGGAAAGUGAAAUGCUGUCUGACACAGUGCUCUAAAUAUCAUGUGUUGGCUAGGGGUUGCACGGACUGAUCGAUUACUUUCGCCAUUGGCCAAAUAUGUUCGGAAAAAUAUAAUAUAACCUAGAGCUGGUUUAAAUCCUCAAAAUAUGUUAUGAAGAACCACAGUGAAUGUGCUGCCAAUGUCGGGCCUGAUCUGAUGUCCGAGUUCAUUUAUAGUUUUUCACAUACAUUUUUGCGAAACCCAUCAUGUUAAACAAAACUGUGAGUUGGACAAUACGGUUUUCUGCAUUGUUUCGGACUGCACUGUAAAAAAAAUGCAACAUAAAGUUAAAACAACUUGGUUUUGCAAGUCAAUUCAACCUUCACUUUUAAGUUUGUACUGAGGGGCAAUCUUUCGAUCUGUCUUAUGAAGUCAAUACGAAAGUGACUUAAACUGCAAUUCAUCGACUGGCCGCUAGAGGCAGGCUCCAAAAGGGAGUCAAUUCCCAUAGACCCCCAUGUAAAAAUGCUCGACUUUACAGCAAAAAUAAAUGUUUACAGCCUGGUACAAAGUGUUUUUGGUCUGUAUAGCUAAUUUUUCCCUUUGUGACAACUGCAAGGGGGGUCAUUUAUUUGUAACUCAUCCGUUUAAAUAUAUUAAGCCUUAAAGUUCUGCAUAAUUAAUGAGUGGUCACUAAAGUGACGAGUGAACAGCCACUACUGUCACUACCGUCAAGCUAGGCGGGUGCGGUUUCGGCAACCAGCCAUCUCAGCUUCACCCACGUCCCGCCUUUUUACCCAUUUUCAGUUAUCCGCGAGUGAUGAGCAGUGACACGAUGCCAAGAUGGCGACGGCAAGGUCCGCUAACUAUUGGCUUCAAUAAAGCAAACCUAUUCACAAACUUAUGAGUGAUGUCAUGGACAAUAAGUCCAUAUUUUUUACAGUCUAUGUUUUUACCUGCGAUAAGUUGACGUAACUUAUAAAAACAAGUUGAAAUUGUUUUACUUAUACUUUGUUUCUUUAACUUUGAAAAAUUAUGUUGAUUUGACAAAAAUGCUGCAUUUUUUUUACAGUGUGCUAAUGAAGCAUUGCGUAAUUCGAACGUGUAUGGCGACUAGUAAAAACAAGUAGUCGUGCAAGCCUUAGUGUCUUCCUGUCAAGUUAAUUUGGAUUAAGUUGAACAGCUAGCUAGAUCUGAGUAUUUUUAAAAGUUUUGCAAUUAUUUUCUUCACCUGCCGAGGAGGUAUUGGAAAAAACUUUUUAAGGGUGUGAUGUGCACUGUAAACUAAAUAAAGUGUUACAACUUAUUUUCACAAAUACAGUUUUCAAAGUGACAUCUCACGUGUUUGCUUUUAAAUUUGUUUUAAAAGUUUUUUCGAACAUAAUCUUAAAAUCUUUUUUAGAUGCUAAUUUGCUCCACACUAAUUCCUACAGUCUUUGUAGGGAAUAUACUUGAAUCAUCUGGUGAACUUUUAAAUAGACGCAAGGCUUCAUUUGCUUUGUCAAUAUAGGCCACAUAAGUUGGCCACAGUAUUUAAUUUGAUGUGAAUAAAACAAGGCUGUGAGGGAUAGAUAUAUUUAGUACAAACUGUUUUCAUAAAAUAAAUAUUUUCUAAAAUGGUUUGUAUAAAUAAAUUAAACAUGCAGUCCUUACAUUUUGCCUUUAUCACCAUCUUUGUUCGAAACAUAGCAUAAUAGAUAAUUGACGUAUACUACGAAAUCUGAUCUGGAAGAUCAAAUUGAAGAGCUCAGAUGCAAAACCCUCUAAGUGUGCAUUGAUUGUAAAUUAGCAUUUCUUAUCAGACUCUUUAUGAAUUCCAACAAACCAGUAUUUCUUAAUGGCCUGAGGUCAGGAUUAAGCAGAUUUGAAGAGAAAGUAUUUGAUUAACGUAUAAUACCUACAGAGAUCAUUCGGUUAAUAUAAUUAUCAAAUUUUUGACAAAGGCGCCGUUUAGCGUUUUUUGCAUCUGAGCUCCUCAAUUAUAAAUCUUUAUUAUAAGCUUACCGUUGUGAAUUCUGGUUUUGUUUAUGUACUUGUUUAUUUUUAAUCAUAAAGGUUACAAAUUGCAGCUUUAAGAUUCUAUUAAUGAACUUGACGUAUAUCCCUCGCAGUCCUGUUUUUGUUCAUUUCAACUUACAAAAGUCAACACUGCCCAUAUGGUCCAUUGGUAGAAAGAAAUGAUGGCUUUGUAGAUUUUUCUGCAAAAGCCUCUACCUCUGUCUUUAAACCUGCAGUCUUUGUGGCAAACAACAUAUUGCUUAGUGUGAAUGCAACUCGCAAUGCAAGGCAUGUUUGUAAUGUCUUGUACGUGAGACUCUUUACAACUUGUCAAACCCAGGAUUAGUUUAUUAAAAUUUUUGAAUGUGUGUGUAUGUUUAAGCCUACCUGAUCUGUGCACCAGUACCAUGUUGCAAGAAUAGUUAAACCCAGUGUCAUGCCUGGCCAGGGUAAGUCUCCAUGGACAGGGUCUCUGAACAGGUGCAUAGCAUCAGCUCUGGGCAGGUGACAUGUCGUGUUUGGGAUGAUCUUCGAUGGUAUGGCUUUCAAAUACACACUCUCCAGGUUAUUGUAGCCUCCGAUCUUAUUAAAUGCUGCAACAUGUACAAAGAAACAUAUCAGAUAAAUUUUCUCUUGUGAUGGGUAAAGCGUUGAGGCGUAGCAUAAAUGUUUCUUUUUUUAUACUAGCUGUAAAAUAAUGUGGUUUACUUGGAUUACAAAGAAUGGAAUGUACGUUUUGAGUUUAACAAUUAAAAAAUAAAUAUUUAAAUCCUUCA